AUUUUUAAAGCACCAUGAGUCUCUUUCACACAAGCAAAAACCAAAUAUAGGGUUGAAUAUUGAUAUCUGCCACCACACCUUAGCAUAACAGCGUCAUCGACGUUCACAACUCUAUUGCUUUUCUCUGCUUGCUUUGUCUUUUCAUUGACUUGCUGUUUUAACGUACAUACUAUAUCAUCGCAUGUCUGCUGUUGGUCGCGAUUGGGAAAACAGCAAAACUACGACAGGAUAGUCUGAACGGCCCUUGCCUUUAAUCUUCCCAUGCGAUACAUUGGUGGUUCAGUCGGUUGUGUUGUAACGCAGCAGCAGGGAUUCAGUUGGGGUUUAACAGUCACUCGGGACGAACAUUUUUAGUGGCAGGUCUCUACUUUUGGACACAGUGGUAGUGAGAGUGCGCUUCGAGACUAAUAUUAUCCUUUUGCGCUUCUGUGUUUUUUUUAAUAAACGUGUGCUGCGGUUCAGCUUAUUAACGAUAUUUCUAAUUCUCAGCGGUACCGAUUGCUUAAGAUAAUUAUAAGCGUGAAGCAUAAAAAUUGUUGAAUUGAUAAUAAUUAUUUUUUAAAGUGAUUUUAUGUGAAUGUGUAAUUCGAUUUAGGUCAAUAACAUAUGAAGUUCAACUGUUGAAGUUAUAGUUGAACUGAUAAAACUAAUUCAAUUUUACAAAAUCAAUCUAGUUCAAAUUCUAGACUAGGAAGAAGAUUAAUUCAAACUGCGUUCCGACGAACCGGUGCCGGGCUUCAGCUCGGCUUCACCAUGGCCUACUCUGGAACUAGAAUGGGGUCGCAAGCUCUAUCCGACGACGGGGCCAAGAUCGGCGAGUGGUUUAAUGUUUGGUCUACCACCUACUGGUACCGACUUAAAUCAACCAAGAGGUCCGAUGACUUCACUCAAAGAAGAACCUCUAAGUGCUCGGGCGUGGAUGCAGCCAGUAGAUCAAAGCAAUCUUGGAAUUGGUCGCGCGCAUUUCGAGAAGCAACCCCCAAGUAAUCUGCGUAAAUCAAACUUUUUUCAUUUUGUGAUUGCCCUUUAUGAUCGAGCCGGGCAACCGAUUGAAAUUGAAAGAACGGCUUUCAUAGGUUUCAUUGAAAAGGAUUCUGAAUCUGAUACGACCAAAACUAAUAAUGGCAUCCAAUAUCGACUUCAACUAUUGUACGCAAAUGGUGCACGUCAAGAGCAAGAUAUUUUUGUUAGACUCAUCGAUUCAGUUACAAAGCAGGCAAUUGUAUACGAAGGGCAAGAUAAAAAUCCGGAAAUGUGCCGAGUAUUAUUAACUCACGAAGUUAUGUGCAGUCGAUGUUGUGAUAAAAAAAGCUGUGGAAAUCGAAACGAGACACCAUCAGACCCAGUUAUUAUUGAUCGAUUUUUCUUAAAAUUCUUUUUGAAAUGCAAUCAAAACUGUUUGAAGAACGCUGGAAAUCCUAGGGAUAUGAGAAGAUUUCAGGUUGUUAUCUCAACACAAGUAACCGUUGAUGGACCACUAUUAGCAAUAUCUGAUAACAUGUUCGUGCACAAUAAUUCUAAACAUGGUCGUCGAGCAAAGCGGAUGGAUGCCACGGAAGGUACAGGAAAUCCCUCCCUGUCAAUUUCGGGUCACCCCCUUGCACCUGACAGUACCUACGAUGUAGGACUCUAUCCACCUCUGCCUGUUGCAACACCUUGUAUAAAAGCCAUAUCUCCCAGUGAAGGUUGGACCACUGGUGGGGCCACAGUCAUAAUUGUCGGUGAUAAUUUCUUUGAUGGUCUGCAAGUUGUUUUUGGAACAAUGCUAGUUUGGAGUGAGCUGAUAACAUCACAUGCUAUUCGAGUUCAAACUCCACCGCGGCACAUUCCAGGUGUUGUAGAAGUAACCCUUUCUUACAAGAGCAAACAAUUUUGCAAAGGAUCACCAGGAAGAUUUGUCUAUGUUUCACUCAAUGAACCAACAAUUGACUAUGGUUUUCAACGUUUGCAAAAGCUCAUUCCCCGCCACCCUGGUGAUCCAGAAAAACUGCAAAAAGAAAUCAUCCUAAAACGUGCCGCCGAUUUGGUUGAAGCUCUCUACUCAAUGCCUAGAUCUCCCGGAGGAACGACGGGAUUCAAUUCAUACGCAGGGCAAUUAGCCGUUAGUGUCCAGGAUGGAACUGGGCAAUGGACCGAAGAUGAAUACCAACGAGCACAAAGUAGUAGUGUGAGUCCUCGUGGAGGCUAUUGUAGUAGCACAUCAACGCCGCAUUCGUCAGGGGGAUCCUACGGGACAACUGCUAACGGCUAUGGACCAGCACCAAACAUGGGAGCGUUGUCAUCGUCACCUGGGAGUGUGUUCAAUUCAACAUCGACAAGUGCCUUUUCGCCAUUAAUUUCAACAGUGACAUCCCCGUGGCAUCAAGCUCUUGCACAACAUCAUCACCAUCAUCACUCUCAUCCGCAUCAUCAACAUCUUUCCCAUCACCCACAUCAGCUUUGGCAUAAUCCAACAACGGUAUCUGCAACGGCAGCCGUUUAAUAAAUGAAGCAGAGAAAGGUGUGCGAUGAAUUCCCAUUCGUUAAAAUUGCCCUUAAAUUUUCUUCAAACAUUUAACAGUGAAAACUUUAAUAAAUGUGAAAAUUUGCUUCAAUGGAUGGGAACAAGGUACAGGGCAAGGCUCACAAUGGAGUCGGUGGAUUAGGAUUCAACCCAUUUGCCUUACCUACUUGCAGCACCCAAGGAUAUAGUACGAGUCAGUUAGUAACUUCGUCGAAAUAAUAUUACUAAAUACUAAAUAAGUAAAUAAGAAACAUUAAGAGAGGAAAAGGGCGCAAUAUUAAAAGAAUUUAUCGAUUUACUCUACCAAAUCAUAUCGAAUAUUUUUAUCGAAUUAACCAACCAAGGAAACAUUGCUCAAUACGAUAUUCCUUGUUCUUUGAAAUUAAGUAGCUAGUUUAUUUCUUAAUAGAUCAAAAUGUUUAUAUGUAUACGAAAGAACACAAAAUUGCACAUUACAUAAUUUUAAAUAUCUUAAAGUGUUUUAACAUAUCAUUGUAUAGUUGAAUAAAACUGUUAAAUUUUGUA